UAAUAUGGGAACUUGGUACGACGUACGAUCGAGGUGGUUCAAUUAAUCCAAGCCAGCACAUGCAAAUAUUAGAUUGGCCGGCCGGAGAUGAGUACUUACUUAGCAAUCAAAGAGCCAAGCUACCACCAUGCAUCCACCUGGCCCUUGUGUUGCAAAUUAGAAUGACAUUCAACGUGGGAAAGUUUCUUACGUACGUGUUUUCAAACCCUUGGCUCGAAACUUCUCGAUCGAACUAGCGUACGAAAUGAUGCAGCUUACCCCAUCCAUGCAGCUUCUUUAUAAGAUGCCUUUUGGCCUAAUAGUGUAUCUAAUAUCAUGUGCUCGUUGAUGAUCUCUCACUGUCUGGCCUCUUCUGUAGUACGACAUAUGAAGAUGAUGAUCUGUUCUACAACACUACUUUCACUUUAAUUAUUAGUUGCUGAUCUAAGAGGAGUGUUCUUCAAGUUGUACGUAGAACUUGGCCUUUGAUUGAGAUCUGAAUUGACAGCCAUGGGGGAAAAGGUUACUACAAUAAUGGUGAUGAAGGUGGACCUGCAGUGCCAUCGCUGCUACAGGAAGGUGAAGAAAGUUUUGUCUAGAUAUCCUCAAAUACAAGACCAGAUAUACGAUGAGAAGCAAAACGCAGUGACAAUCAAAGUUGUGUGCUGCUCUCCUGAACAGAUGAAGCAAAAGAUUAUCUACAGAGGUGGUGAUUCCAUUCGGAGCAUUGAGAUCAUGAAACCUCCACCUCCAAAGCCCAAAACUGAGGUGAAACCAAAACCUCCGGAUCCCAAGCCAGCCGAAAAACCUGUGGAAGCUAAGCCUCCAGAUCAACCGGUUCCAAAGCCUCCUGAACCGGCACCAUUCAUCUAUGUACCGUAUUAUCCACAGACCUACGAAGCUGGUGCGUAUAGCAGUAGGCCAUUUUAUGAAGGGUAUGGUGGGGGUCCAAGCCAUCAUCAUGGUCAUGGCGGACCAUCCCCAUCAUGGGAGGAAUAUCAUCAUGCGAUAGGGAGGCCAGUGUAUGAUAGUUAUGGGGGUGGUGGUUAUAGGCCUGGUUACGAUCAUAGCCGUAGUGAUUACUAUUCCAGUUAUGAGGAAAACCCAUCAGGAUGCAUCAUCAUGUAAAUUAACGGGAUCGAGCUACCAUGAUCAGCAUGCAUGCACGCACAUUAUGUCAUGUAUCAUGUAUGAUCAUCAUCCUGUAGUUAUCUAUAAUAAUAAGACGUUUUGUAUAUUUUAUUAAUUCCCUUUUUAAGUGGUGUGGAGUUCAAAAGGACAGAGAAUAGAGAGAUAAGGUUGUCGGUGGGAUGGUGCCUGUCGGUGAACAAAUAUCGUUUCUAAUUA